CGUCGUGGGCAGGGGAAUUACGGGGAACGUGCUUUUUAGACGAGACGAGCGUUCGUAGUCGCGUUCGAACCACGUAACCGGGUGUGUUGUGUGUUCGUUUUACCUGCGGGAGAGAACCGUGUGUUAUAUCUCGCAUCUCUCUCUCUCUCUCUCUCUCUCUCCCCUCCCUCCUUCCUGGUUGUCAUCUCUCUCGCUUAAGCUCCGAUGCACAAGCGACGAGAACACGGGGUCCUUCCAUCGGCGGAAUCGUCAUCGCGCGGCGAUUCCGGAGAAAUGUCGUGAGAGAGAGAGAUUGAAGUUGUAUAAAACGGUUAUCUUUCUCUUUCUCUCUCGUCGUUCAAGUUUUGCUCGACGGCGGGCUCUCCGUCACGAGAGAGCACGUGUGUACAGUGCGCGACGGCGGAAGCGGGCGGCGAUCCUGUGUUGUAUAUAUACGACGCGUGUGUACAUUACAUACGCGCGAGUUGUGACCCUCGUUCGGGAAUUUCAAUGAUACACGGAGCGUCGAAGACGACCCUCGAAGAGUGUCUCGCGCCGUUUCCGGAUCGCGGAGAGCGGCAGAUCGACCGCGGUGCCGGGGACAGGAUCUGUUCGCGGGGAGAGUUCGCAGCUGGGCGUCUGACUGAAUGCACAUAGAGAAAGAGGGAGAGAGACGAAUCAUGGAUACAUAAUCCAGUGCGGUUUCGGAACGGCGCGAGUACAGUUAGUGGGUGCGGAAGAGCGAACAGAAGUGCUCGCAAAGGAAGAACCGUCGGUUCGGAGCAAGCAAAACGGGAAAGAAGAAAGGAUUUGCACGACGACCGAGGGAAGGAACGCACGCACGCACGCAUGAAGAUCCCAUGGCUACCGGAUUGGUAAAGUGGUGGCGAGCAAGGUUCCUCGCCGGCUACAGACCCUUUUCUGUUGUAGGAACUAACACAGAAGGUAGCGAUUCCGAGGAGUUGCUGACAGGCGUUCCGACGACUUGCAACAUCUCGUCACCGCCGACGACGGACUCGCAACCGAUUUUAAUCUCCCCUACGGAGCCACCGCAGGUCGCGGUUAAUGGCUCGAAUGUACCUGUAGAACCUACCGGUAAUGAUAAACAACAGCCUACUUGCGGUACAACGAAACAGCUUAGUUUCGAGGAAUUCGAAUGCGAUGUGUCGGUCGCUGAGGGUGAUAGAAGGCGGCAGGAAUUCUCCUUCACUUUGUACGACUUUGAUGGCCACGGCAAGAUUACGAAAGACGACAUAGCCGGUCUCGUGACCACUAUCUACGAUACGUUGGGCGCGUCAAUACAAGUGCCGCCGUGCGGUAGCAAAACAAUUAAAGUGAAACUGACGGUGUCGCCCGAUCAACGGAGCAGCAGCAGUCAGACGUCGCGCAAUGCCGCCACCGCCGCCAACACCUGCCUAAAUGCCACGCAAACGCCGCAGACUGCGACAACAACGUCGCCCGGUCAUCAGCAAACCUCGACGUCCUGUUGCCAUUUGAAACACGCCGCUACGUGCGGUCAUGCGACAACGCACGCACGGCACAAUGCGAGCAGAGUUCCCAGAAGGAGAAGAGCACCACGAUAUCGUUGUCAGACUGAACGAAAAGAAGUGGAGACUCAUAGCGAAGACGACGACGAGAACGUCCGUAAGAAUCGAAUGCAUCAUGAAGAGGUGCGUAGAAGAGUUGGUCCAGUACCCCAUUUACAAUCCCCUUGUUCAAACAGCUCGGAGGGUGAUGUGAGCGACGAUAGUGAUACUUCUCUCACUUUCUCGCCGCUGACACCGCUUCUCACGUCAAAUCAAAAGAAGCGCAGUGGCGCUCUGCAAAGACAACAAUUGCUGGAAAUUAUUCAAGCCAACAUGGAAAAGAAUUUCGGUUUUCAGACAACAAGAAAACGACAUCAAAAUGAGCAACAACGCAUUCCAUCUCAUAGUCCCCAUCUAGAGUCCUCGAAUCAUAAUAAUCAGGACUGUCAGGCGCCUCCGGUGGAGGCGCCUCGUCAAACGGCCACGCACUAUCACAAACCGAUCCGGGAGAGCAACCAUCAUUCCGUGACGUUUCCCAAGACACCGAUCAAGUCGCGAGCGGCGAAUCUCAGAAAGACGCGACACGCAACACCAAGAAACAAUGCGACUCACUCGUCUCCCCAGAAUUAUUCGCAAAUGUUGAAUCGCAAUGUGAUCGUGCCGACGGUUUAUUCGGAAGUGCUGCAGCCCAAUAUUCAGCAACGUAACAUCAUCAACCUGAUGCCCAAUCACAAUCAACAAUCACCUCAUCACCAGACGAUAAUCAACAGUCCCAACAACGUUCAGCGUAACGACGCGCAGUUCGUUCAGACGCAGCAAUCCGGCAGAGCCGGCAAGAAGCAUCAGCUGAAACACGCUACACGGGAGCAGGAUCAAGCGAGAGCUAUGGCGCAAGUGGUGCGUUGGCUGGAACGUGAGUUCUCACAGAACGCCGCCACGAACAACAGACGGCACGUUCACGAGCACAUACAUCAUCACUAUCAUCAUUAUCACGCCGAGGCUCUAGUCUAAAACGAACACGUGUUUCUUGCGAAGCUCUUGAGAAUAAGGUUACAAAUAUACGAUAAAAUAAAUUCAGUAGGAAAUUUGCCAAGCGCGAUUUCAAUUCUUUCGGCGCGUCAACCUGUAUUUUUAAGCCACGAGAUGAUUUUUACGUCAUACGGUUUCCAACUAGCCGCGGUUUAGUUCCGAAUUCUCGUUUACCCACCGUAUUGUGAUUAAAUGAAUAUGUAUUAUCAUUGUGUAAUAUCGCAGACUCGCAGUGCUCAUCAAUAGUAGGUACAUAUCUAUAAACCAGCAAUCCCAGAAAAGGAAUAUUACGUUUUAUAUUAUAUAUUUUAUAGUGCGAGACAAUAAUGUGGCACUGCAGAAAAUCGUCUACAAUUUUUUGCGCGAGACAUUCUCGCGACGUAAAUUAAAAAUAACAUGAUUGCAUAUUAUUUCCUCGAGUUUCCUUAAACAAAGAUAUAGUUACUACAAAUCUCAGGCUCACAAUGUACUCACAACAAUGACGAGACGUUAACUCGAGUAUGAUUGCAAUUCACAACAUGUGUAUAUUGUAUUCGGUGCAUCUUUCAGGGUAGGAAAUAAAAAAACAAAAAAAAAACAAAAAAAAAAAACACUAUACAUAAGAGUUAUAUUUUACAUGCUGUAGGACCACAACACUCGUUUUUAUAUCUGAGUGCGUCAGCUACGACUAUAUCUAUCAUUUGUACAUAGGAAGUAUCCCAAAGAGAAUUCUUUCAGUAUACAGGCCUUCUACGUGAUUUAAGAAGAAACGAAUUGAUCUGCGAGAAACGCUUGAAAGCGAAGCGUCUCUUCUACGAGAAUGUUCCUGCGUAAUCGGGAGAUUGAUACAAUUCCUUUUAUCGGACACAGAUAUAGCAUUAUUCUUAGAAAACCUUGAAAAAAAAAAAAAACGCCACACGUAGUAGUUUAAUGGUGCUUGUAUACUCGCACAUUCGAGCGAACACGCGAAAAAAUUUUUUCGACGAAAUCUUGUACGCGGCCGAGUGUUCCGUUUCUAUAGCAUUAAAUUUUAAAUAACAGAUUUUGUUUUUUUUUAGAUCAGCUCUCGUUCGCCGUGUGUAAAGUCGAAUCUUGCUCACUCGAAAACCUUUACAGUUCGAAGUUUUGUAGCGACUCUCUCAACUGCCUUCGCACCGCUGAAAUCUGUUAUUGAGAAUUAAUGCUCUUAGGAACAGUACUCUAGUAUAUAUAUAUGUAUAUCCUUCACUAGUCUUAUAUUGUAAACACAGAUCCUCUUCCAUAUUAUCCGCGAAGUGUAAAUGGAUAUUUGGGGACGAGUGACAAAUUGAGUUCUUACUAGUGCCUUGUAAUCAGUAAUAAUGCGUUUCUUACAAAUAUUGGUCCUCUUGUUUUGUAUUCAAUGAAGAGACACAAGGCUCUUAGAUAUAUACAUAUAUAAAUAUACACAAUAAUUUCAAUAUAAAAUCGGUAAACAUCCAAGGGCCAUAGAGAGCCGGAAUCAUUAAAAAUGUUAGAUUAAUUAAAUCUUUAAAUUGUAACACAUGAAAUGAAGAUAAUUUGGCAAUUACUCUAGAUUUUAUUUAGUAAGCGAAAAUUGUUCAUUAACGAACAUUCUCAAAAUUGUACUUUCAAUAUUUGGUUUAAUUAAAUGCGCGAAUUGAUCAGAAUGAAAAUUUCCACCUAUUGUUAUAUAGCUUCGAAAAGUAUAUAUUAAUUAUUUAUUAUUAUUACACACGCACGCGCGCGCGCGUGUACAAACGAAACUAUGUCGACAAUAUCUCUCAAUCAGGUGUCACGAUAUAAAUAAAUAAACAGAGUAUUAUAAAUUACCUUUAGAGAUAGCAAUUAGUACUGAUAAUGACUUAUUAUUAAGAGACUAGAUGCAUUGACGAAUGUUACUUGUAAAGGUCUUUGAUAAUGUUAUUGUGUUACGGGACAUGUAAUUUUAUAUACCGAUAUUUGUAAUCCCUUUGUAGAUAUUUUCUGUAACUUUUUUUCUAUUGAUAUUUAUUAAAACACAUUUUUAUAUUAUA